UAUCUGUACUCUUGCUGGCACCUCUUUCUCUCUCCUCUUUCUCUCUUCUUCUUCUCUGUUUUCUCCUUGUUUUUUUUUCCACCAUUCUUUCAUUCCCCUGUUUCUUCUCUCACUUUCUUAAACCCUACAAAAAAUCAAAUAAAACCCCUUUUUUUCUUACUGUAUGAUUCUCAUAUAGAAAUUUCAUACAAAAUGUCUACGACGUUUUAUAUUAUAUGGUUUUUCAUAACCAUCAUCAUAUUAUCAACAUCAACAAAAACAACAACAGGUUAUAGAAUGAAUUCAUUAUUUGCAGAAAAACUAUCAAUAUACCAAGUACUUGAAUCCGAAGGUUUACCCAUGGGUUUAUUUCCAAAAGGUGUUACAAAUUUUACCGUUGGAGAAGAUGGUAGAUUUGAAGUUUAUUUAGAUCAAGCUUGUGAUGCUAAAUUUGAGAGUGAAUUACACUAUGAAACGAGUGUUGCUGGGCAGUUAAGUUUCGGGCAGAUCGGAAAUUUAUCUGGGAUUUCAGCACAGGAUCUGUUUUUAUGGUUUCCGGUCAAAGGGAUCCGGGUAGAUAUUCCUAGUUCUGGUGUUAUUUAUUUUGAUGUUGGUGUUGUUCGUAAACAAUUUUCUCUCUCCUUAUUUGAAACUCCUAGAGAUUGUGUUGCCGCUUCUCAUCCCACCGCCAUUCUUCAUUUUCUUGCUAAUAAAUUGAAUGGAGUUCUGGAUUGGUGGGUGAAAGGAGGAGAGGUUAUGUAGAUUAAAAUGAUGAAGUUUGAAGGAAGAAAUUGAGAUAGUUUUUUUUUUUUGUUAUAAGAAAAAAAAAACUGAGUAAAGAUGUUCUCAGUCAUUGUACAUUGUGUUGUUAGAAGGAUGUCUGGGUUAUAGGGUGUGUGUUUUACUUGUAUGAUCAAGUGUCCUUUGCUUGCAGUUUUUCUGUAUAGGCAGCGUUGGCGAAUUUGAACUAGUUCUUCUUGCACUUGUUUAAAACAGCAAUUUUGGUCCUUGAAAGAAUGUGGAUUGUUGAGUAAAUAUUGGAUGGAAGGAUGAAUCAAUCAGGAAAUGGAGAUUGGAGAUUGAAGACCUCGAAAUCGAGCACGAAAGGCGUGUGAUGUUGCUUAUAGAACAACCAUUGCAGGAUGUAGGAGAUGACAAAGUGCUUCUGCUCAUCCUGCCAAAGAUUGCUCUGUAUGUCUACAAUUUCUUAGCUCAUUCAGCAGAAUAUCAUUUGGGAGUCUCCUUAUCAUGUAGUGUCAAUAGUAGUCCUUGAGAAAAAUAAAAGAUAUACAUCAUUUUAUAGUAAUAAUGAUUUUAUUCAAGUAAAUCAAAUAAGUAUUUUAGUUA